AUGAAGGGCUUCAGGCAGAGAGUGCACGAGCAGUUAUCCAGAGCGAAAGAUUCAAACAAAUCGUCCAAAAAGAAAGACUCUGCUUCAGGAACCGCGUCUCCCGUGUCCUCGUCGACGACGCUUCCCGGCGCCGACUCCCGAUCCCCAAACACCUCCAACGCGGCAACGCCCAACUCAUCCUCCACAAAUGUCAGUGAUGUCCGAGGGAAGGGAUCCAAUAAUGAAGCCGGGUUGAACACACAUGGUAAUACACUGCAUCAUACCGGACAUGGCCAAGGAACAGGAGCUGGAAGUCAACAUUUCAUAUCCCAGAGUGCUGGCCAUGGCCCUAAUGGGCCCAACACACCUGGACGUCAGGGUGCUCACAUUCCACCCAGCGUGAUAAUCAGCCCUAGUGCUCCUCAUAUACCGGGACCAGGUGCUACGGAAACCAUGCCUGGUGAUCUUGCUCCGCCAAAGGCAGGCCAAAAGUCGUUGCUCUUCGACCGACUGCAGACUACACCGAAGGAUGUCCCAGAAGGCGUACGAACACCCAAGCGACAACAUUCCUCUCGUUUCGACGUUUCCGACCAGAGAGCGCGAGAGCUCGAGAAACUCCCGGGCUUUCAUGAAGUUCCCCCCAACCGACGGCAGGAAUUGUUCAUGCAGAAAAUCGAUCAGUGCAACAUCAUAUUUGACUUCAAUGAUCAGACUGCAGACAUGAAGUCGAAAGAGAUCAAGCGACUUGCUCUGCACGAGCUCCUAGAUUACGUUGCGAACAACAGAUCUGUCAUCACGGAGCCCAUGUACCCCAAAGUGGUCGAAAUGUUCAGCAAGAAUCUCUUUCGCCCAGUCCCGCCCCCAGUUAACCCACAAGGAGAAGCAUUUGACCCCGAAGAGGACGAGCCAGUCCUCGAAGUGGCAUGGCCCCAUAUUCAGGUGGUCUAUGAGUUCUUCUUACGCUUCAUCGAAAGCCAAGAUUUCAACACAAACAUCGCAAAGGCAUACAUUGACCACCAUUUUGUCCUUCAACUACUUGAACUUUUCGAUUCGGAGGACCCCCGAGAAAGGGACUUUCUCAAGACCACACUGCACCGCAUUUACGGCAAAUUCCUCAACCUUCGAUCUUACAUCAGAAGGUCUAUCAAUAAUGUCUUUUUCCAGUUUACCUACGAGACAGAGAGGUUCAAUGGCAUAGCCGAGCUACUCGAAAUACUGGGUUCAAUCAUCAAUGGCUUUGCUCUACCCCUUAAAGAGGAACAUAAGCUGUUCCUAACAAGGGUUUUGCUUCCCAUGCACAAGGUAAAAAGCCUCAGCAUGUAUCAUCCGCAAUUGGCCUAUUGCAUUGUGCAAUUUUUGGAGAAGGAUGCCGCCUUGACAGAAGAGGUAGUGGUUCUCGGUCUCCUUCGUUACUGGCCCAAGACGAAUAGUACCAAGGAGGUGAUGUUCUUGAACGAAGUCGAGGACAUCUUCGAGGUCAUGGACCCUCAGGAAUUCGCCAAAGUUCAAGAGCCGCUUUUCAAUCAACUAGCCAAGUCGGUGGCUAGUCCUCACUUUCAAGUGGCAGAACGCGCACUGUACUUCUGGAAUAACGAAUACUUCUGCAAUCUCGUCAGCGACAAUGUAGAGACAAUCCUGCCUAUCAUGUUCGCACCUCUUUAUGAGAACUCUAAAGGCCACUGGAAUCGGACAAUUCAUGGCAUGGUCUACAAUGCGAUGAAGCUUUUCAUGGAGAUCAAUCCCCAACUGUUCGACGAAUGUUCUCAUGGGUACAGCGAAAUGCAGAAUACCGCCGACGACCGUGAAAAGGCCCGCCAAGCUAAGUGGGAUAAGCUCACUGAGCAAGCCAACAAAAUGAAGGCAGGCAUUCAAAAGCCAAUCUCGUCCACAACCGCCCCAAACGAGGUCGAACCAGAUGCUACACAAGAUAACCAAGAGAGACUCGAUGCUCUCAAGUUGCACGAUGAUUCGUCAGCAACCAAACCAUCAUCGGUAUGUGGAUCAAAUCUUCUAUCGGAGGUUGCAAAAUCUUAUUCCUUUCUUCCUCAUCCUUUCCCCUAG